CGGGACCGGUGCGGGCACGAGCUGCCUCUCCGCGCGCGCUUCCGGGGCCGUUAGCGGGGCGCCGGCAGCCAUGUCGGAGUGGGUGUCCUACUACCGGAGCGACGGGCCGGAGGACGAUGAGCAGGAUGAGCAGCAGGAGGAGGAGGGCACUGAGGCGGUCGGGGACUACAGGUUCUCCGGUCGGGACAGCCUCAUUUUCUUAGUGGACGCCUCCAAGGCCAUGUUUGAGUCGGAUGAGGAGGGAAUGACGCCCUUUGAGAUGACCAUCCAGUGCAUCCGGAAUGUGUAUACCAGCAAAAUUAUUAGCAGUGACAAAGACCUGUUAAGUGUUGUGUUCUAUGGUACAGAAAACAGCAAGAACUCAGCAGAUUUCAAGCAUGUCUAUGUUCUCCAGGACCUGGACAACCCAGGUGCAAAACGUGUUCUGGAGCUGGACCAGUACGGGGGAGAUGAAGGACAAGCACUCUUCCAUGAUACCUUUGGCCACAAUGCUGACUAUUCACUGGGUGAAGCACUUUGGGCCUGCUCUAAUCUCUUCAGUGAUGUCCGAGUCAGACUGAGCCACAAAAGGAUCAUGCUCUUCACCAAUGAGGAUGACCCUCAUGCCAAUGACAGUGCUAAAGCCAAGCUGGCCAGGACCAGAGCUGGUGAUCUGAGAGACACAGGUAUCAUCCUGGACUUGAUGCAUUUGAAGAAGCCUGGAGGGUUUGAUAUCUCUUUGUUCUACAGGGAUAUAAUAAAUUUAGCAGAGGAUGAGGACCUUGGGAUCCAGCCUAAGGAGUCAGAGAAACUGGAACAUCUCAUGAAGAAAGUACGAGCAAAGCAGACAAAAAAACGGGCUAUGGUCAGGUUAAAUCUGUAUCUGAGCAAAGAUCUGUCACUUUCUGUUGCUGUUUACAACCUUAUUCAAAAAGCUUACAAGCCAUACCCAGUGAAGCUGUAUCGGGAAACUAAUGAACCAGUUAAAACAAAGACAAGGACCUUCAGUAGCCAAACAGGCAGUUUGCUCCUGCCUAGUGACACUAAAAGGGCUCAGACCUAUGGAAACCGCCAGAUCGUGCUGGAGAAGGAGGAGACAGAAGAAUUAAAACAGUUUGAUCCUCCAGGCUUGUUUCUGAUCGGCUUCAAACCCCUUUCAAUGCUUAAACAUCACCACCACAUCAAGCACUCCCAGUUCAUCUAUCCUGAGGAAUCCCUAGUAAGUGGGAGUACAACACUGUUUAAUGCCUUACUGAUGAAAUGCUUGGAGAGGGAGGUGAUGGCACUGUGCAGAUACACCGCCCGCCGGAACACUCCCCCUCGCUUCGUGGCCCUGGUUCCCCAGGAGGAAGAGCUGGAUGAGCAGAAAGUGCAGAUAACCCCUCCAGGUUUCCACGUCAUUUUCUUACCCUAUGCAGAUGACAAACGGAAGGUGGAUUGUACAGAGAAGGUGCCAGCCAGUCGGAUGCAGGUGGACAAAAUGAAGGAAAUCAUUCAGAAACUCCGGUUCAAGUACAGGACUGAUGGCUUUGAGAACCCAGUUUUGCAGCAGCACUUCAGGAAUCUGGAAGCUUUGGCUCUGGAUAUGAUGGAACCAGAACAAGCUGAAGAUCUUACAAUGCCAAAGGUGGAAGAGAUGAACCGUAGGCUGGGCAACCUGGUGGAGGAGUUUAAGCAGCUGGUUUAUCCCCCUGACUACAAUCCUGAUGGGAAGGCUGUCAAGCGAAAACAAACUUCCGAUGGUCAAACUGAGAAGAGGCCCAAAGUAGAAGUCUCAGAAGAGGAGCUGCAGAGUCAUGUGCAGAAGGGCACUCUGGGCAAGCUCACUGUAUCCACUCUGAAGGAUGCAUGCAGGCUUUAUGGCUUGAAUGAUGGGGGGAAGAAACAGGAGCUCAUGGAUGCUUUAACUAAAUACUUUAAUGAUCACUGAGCAGGGAUGAGAAGCCCUGGUUGAUGUCUAUCUGCUUAAAAUGUUGGUUGUCUUAUGUAGGUGCUGUGUAUGUUUAAUCCUGCUGCGAUGUUACUGAAUCUAGGAGUGGAGAAACUUUUUACUCUUAGUUGUGAAACACCUCAGCAAAGUUGAAUUCUGUUUGCAGUAGCCAAAGGUAGAAUUAAAUUCCUUGCUAACUCAGGUCAUCCACUGCAAGCAAACACUGUUGUGCCUUCCUGGUUUCUUGAUAAAAGUUAUUUUGGACUUGUUAUUUUGCAACACUAGCUGUACCAUCCUUGCAUCAUAGACAGCAAAACUCACUUCAAGGUGAGAAAGCUGUUCAGCUGUGUUAGGGGCACCACAGGAAGUCAAGCAGCAGGUCAAGUCUGUUUGCUAGUAGAGGGUAUAAAUGUGGUGUCUUACUCUCCACAACAGCUGCUCAGUAGCAGUGCUUGGGGUCUUUUCUGCUCUUGGCAUUACAAAGAUUAGCAGCAGAUAGCAAUGGAGAAAAUCAGUGUUAGGAAACAGCAGCCAAUCCUUCAGGCAAAAAAAGACAACACUUCACGAAGCUGCACAGCCAGAUUUUAAAGUUUUGAAUAGGAAUGGCAAAUGCUGGUUUAAAAGAGGAAGGAAAAAAAAGUCACAUUCCCUGGAAAGCUCAAGGAUAUACCCCAGUUAGAUUACAGAAGUGGCACAGAGCUUUUUCACCUCUGUAGCCAGUGUGAAGUAGACUGUUGUGCAGGUUGCUGUACUCACUCUGUGCUUC